ACAGUUUUGGCUGAACAGAGAAGGCAAAUGAAGGACGUCACUGGCCUCUGAUGUGGAUCUUCUCUCUCUAUAUAUAUCGUCUUCUUCCCCCUUCUGUCCUCUAAAUCAGCACUCUCUCUCUCUCUCCUCGAUCGCCGUGUUUGUGUCCUCCUUAAGCCCAUUACACAUCCCCGUACCUCCAGCCAGGCCCCUGCAUUCCCGGAAUCUUUCCUCGAGGUUUCAUCUCGCAUUCUCUCUCCUCCUCCCGUGACCCCUAUAGAGAGAGAGAGAGAGAGAGAGAGACGUUACUGAGAGACACAGAGAAAACAGAGCGUUUCUUUCUGUUACAGGGGGAAGAAGAUCCGUCCAAGCGAAGGGGGGGAAAAGAUGAUGCGGGGAGGGAUUGCCAGAACCGCCAGAAGGGCAUUGUCGGGAUCUUCCUCCUCCCAACACCGUCGGUCCCGCUUCGUCUCUUUCUCCCAGGCCGCCCAGACGACGGAGCAGGAAAAUGAUCGCCCCAGAAUGCCCGCCUUCGCCUACUCUCCCCCGCCGUACGCCGGCCCCUCCUCGGCGGAGAUCAUCGCCAAGCGCCAGCAGUUCCUCAGCCCCUCCAUGUUCUACUUCUACAAACAACCCCUGAACGUGGUGGAAGGGAAGAUGCAGUACCUGUACGAUGAUAGCGGGAAGAGAUACCUGGACGGGUUCGGGGGGAUAGCCACCGUGUGCUGUGGCCACUGCCACCCCGACGUGGUGGCCGCCAUCGUCGACCAGACCCGCCGCCUCCAGCACUCCACCAUCCUCUAUCUGAACCCCGCCAUCGCCGACUUCGCCGAGGCCCUCGCCUCCAAGCUCCCCGGAGAUCUCAACGUGGUGUUCUUUACGAACUCGGGGACGGAGGCAAACGAGCUAGCGAUGAUGAUAGCGAGGCUGUACACCGGUUGCCACGACAUAAUAUCGCUAAGGAACGCAUAUCACGGGAACGCCGCCGGGACCAUGGGGGCUACGGCGCAGAGCAACUGGAAGUUCAACAUCGUACAGACUGGAGUUCACCAUGCCUUAAACCCAGAUCCAUACAGAGGUGUUUUUGGUUCAGAUGGAGAGAAGUACGCCAGAGAUGUCCAGGAACUCAUCGAGUUUGGCACUAGUGGCAAUGUGGCUGGUUUCAUCUCUGAAGCUAUACAGGGUGUGGGAGGCAUUAUUGAAUUGGCCCCAGGUUACUUGCCCGCUGUAUAUAGCAGCAUCAGGAAAGCCGGUGGCCUUUGUAUUGCUGAUGAAGUUCAAGCUGGAUACGCUCGCACAGGGAGUCACUUUUGGGGUUUCGAAUCCCACGGGGUUGUGCCGGACAUUGUUACAAUGGCAAAGGGCAUUGGAAAUGGCAUUCCUCUUGGAGCCGUGGUGACCACUUCCAAAAUCGCAGAGGUGCUGACCCGUCGCAGUUAUUUCAAUACCUUUGGUGGCAACCCGGUCUGCACGGCUGCUGGGCAUGCUGUGUUGAAAGUGAUCGAGAAAGAAAAUCUUCAGGAGAACGCACACGUCGUGGGGUCCCAUCUCAAAGACAGACUGACUUCGCUCAUGGACAAAUACGAAAUUAUUGGGGAUGUGAGGGGUCGGGGGUUGUUGCUUGGAGUUGAACUCGUUACUGAUCGCAAGUUGAAAACCCCUGCGAAAGCUGAAACUCUACAUGUGAUGGAACAAAUGAAAGAUCUGGGUCUAUUGAUCGGCAAAGGAGGGUACUAUGGAAACGUGUUCCGAAUCACGCCGCCUCUGUGCAUCACCAAAGAAGAUGCAGAUUUUCUGGUGGAUGUGAUGGAUUAUACGCUAUCGAAGAUGUAAAGUUCCCGAAAAUGUAAAUAUUUGCAUAAGCGUCUGUGUGGUCUGUCACAGAUGGAUCUUACUACUGCCGAUCAAUGUAUGCAUGCUUUUAGUUAUUCCUGCUUUUAUCGUACAUAGGGUGUGUGCAAGCUGACUAGCAGACAGCCGAUCAUAUGGUGAGUCAACAACUCGUUGUCUCUCCGGACCGAUAAGUAGAAUUAAGCUCUGAUGUUGUUUCUUUUCCCUGGAUUUCUUCCUGUUAGUAUCAUUUACAAAAUCUGCUUGUCUUGAUGUUUGUGUCGAAAGAACCUCCAGGAACUUUUUUAUAAUUUGCAAUCUGGUUUUGCUUUGUGGGCUAAAUCUUGCCGGUGUUGGUCAACUAAA